GCAUCAUCUUUUCCUCCUUAAAAUGUACGUUUAGCUAUUAAUCCAGUUUUCUAACCAUCUGCAAGGGUAGUAGGAAAGUAGAAUCUUGAAGACAUUUUCAAAAUCAAAUGAGAUAAGCCAGCAGCAUUAAUUAGGAAGUCACCUCUAAACCCACGUCCAAAAGCCACCACAUUAGAGAGAGAGGGGGAGGGCAGGAGCUCUCUGCCUCUUCCACUGGUUGCAAGAAUUCAACUUUUAUCACACGAGCAAAAACAUGGCACGAUGGUCUGAUAUCUGUGCUGAUCAGUAUGUGGGACCCCACCAUGUUCGUGUUAUUGCAUGGAAACAAGGCCACUAGUGCUAUUGGUGGAUCUCUCUUCUCACGUGCAUAGCAUGUGACUUUGCUAUUGUUUUUACUGAGAGUACUUAACUGUAACUCAUUUUGAAAGAUAAUGGCAUAUUUCUGUGAUUUUAUAUUUGCAACAAUCCUUCAAUUUUUCUUGGGCUAUUUAAAGAUUUUAUUCCUUGUUUUGAACGCUGGUUUUCGUUGCCCACUUUGGAACUCUUUUGUUCUAUGUAGUUAGCCACCCUCGUGAAAUUGUUUCAUAGUUUGCUAACCAGGAGUUGGCCCAGGACCUUGUCCGUCACUGGGUAGGGUCAACCUGGGACUCAGUGGAUUGACCAGUGGGUCAAGAAAUAGUAUGAUAUUAUUUCUAUUAUGAAAAUAUAUUAUAUCAUAAUAUGAUACGUAGGUGCGUCUUGGAUCAACCUUGGGACUUGGGCACAUCCUGGAUCGACCAGCCUGGUUUGAAAACUAACAGUUGUAUCAUGCUUGCAUAGGUCACUCAUGCAGUGUUCUAAUCUCUUAUAAUGUUUCUCUUGGUGGAUAUCUAUUAGGAAGGGCUUCUCCGCGUGGCCAGUUCUAGCCCCUUGGGUUCGUUUUGGGGCUUUAGAUCAAUCGUAUUAACUCAAGAUAAAUAUGGUUUUGAGCUUCCAAAGGAAGAUUCCUACUUUGCUGGACCUCUGUAUUCAGACUGCUAUAGAUAAUAUUAGGUAUAUUGGAGAUGUUGGGGAAACGGACAUAUACCUGCUGAAGGACAUAUUACCUCACUGUACACUUGAUCAAUUAAUGCACAUUGAGGAGUGUUCACAGGGAAGAGACCUGAGUCCAGUAACUGAUAAUUUGUGGAAAAAUUUUUACGAAAAACAUUUUGGUGAGGAAAGUGUUAAUCUUGUUGUCAAAAGGAUGAAGCGGAAGCAAGUUGUAUUUAAGUGGAGGCUACUGUAUGAAGCAAAAGUAAAAGAGAGGGAUGAAGCUCAGCAGAAAUCAGUUGAUCGACUGAAGAAGCUUUAUGAAGAAGAGGGUGUUAGAAAACAAAGUCGGCAGAUUCAGCUUUGUUCCAAGGUUCCACCUUCAAGCAAAAAGAGAAAUUCUUUUGGAGGCCAUGGACCUGGAAACAAUUUUUCAAAUGUGAAGGGCAACCUGAUGAAGAAGGCAAAAAUGGAGUAUCAUAACAGCCAUGAAGCCAGAGUGCAUGAAGCUAUGAGGAAAAAGGAAUUGCAAAGGAAGUCCUUUCCGCCUCCUGGUGUUUCAAGGACAAUGAAGCCAAGUGGUUUUCUUGGAAAGAGUCCAGCAUCCAGUUCCAAAGUAAACAAGCCAUUUGGAAGAUAAUAGCAGCUGGACUUGUGGUUGUUGAGAAAGCAAAUCGCAGGUG